GCGACGUCUCAACCACACAUUCGGCUGUAAUUAACCAACCAUUUCAUCAAAAAGAACAAGUCAUUCGAAAUGCCUAGCACACUUCAGAAGACACGCAAACAUAUUUCCAAGAAACGCAAUGGAGAGGUAAACGCCCUGCAUGAAAAGUCCAGAGACUCUCUGAGACUACACAAAGCCGGAGUAAGAGACCAGAGGCUGGAGAAACUUGCUGCGGCGAGGAACAAGAGAGAACAGCCCAUCGUGGAGCGUAUCACAUUUUUCCAAAAGAAAGUGAGAGAGCAGGGUGCUGAGCCGCUUGAAGUGUCUGCCAUCCAGGCGCUUAUUCACACAUAUGUUCAUCAGUACGAUGAAGAGUACGAAGCUGUGAAAAAGACUCGCCGUGCUGGACGGCCCGCCAGUACCAAGGAAGAUCUUUUGAAGAUGAAGAUCUCUGCGCUUGAGGAAGAGUACACCAAAGGAUUCUUGGUACCCGAUAUUAUGUCGGCUGAGACGGUCAAGCUCUUGGAUGCAUGGGAGGGCUCCUGGGCGUAUCUUGCAACUAUCCCCUGGAUCAAAGUCACGACUACCGGCAACGUUCGCAAAGCUGAGCUGCCCUCAAAAGCUAUAAACUGAAAGAGUUUGCUCUCUUAAACUCUUCUCACAUAAAGCAUUCAGGGAUUCACAUACGGUGUUAUACACAUGCUCUCUGGUGGUAGCAAGCGGUUGCCUAUGUUCAAUCCACUUGUACCAAGGCACAGGAGUCUCUGUACAUGAGUGGGUAUUUACAUAUCAGGGCAUUAAUUCGAACAACAGCCCCUGAAACCCCCAGAUUUCUUAGCUGCCCUAGUCAUCUGGUGGUCACUUGAGCAGUAUGGGUCAUGAUGUCGGAGCUGGUUGGCGUUGGAAAGGGCAUUAUGAAUGCAGAGACGCCCAUGCAGGCCGCAACAUCUGUCCAAAAACUUCCCAAUACUUACGAGAGCUGGCGCAAAGUUGGACAGCUUAACUGUACCAGAAAAGCCAUUCCACCAGCUGCUUUCUACCCUUGUUUUUCUCACUCGCAGGGUGAGAUGGAUUUAGCUAGUAGGCUCGCCCACAGCAGCUGUAUGCGCUCAUAGAAACGGAUGGAUCGAUUACACUACUUUGUUGUAAUUGGUCUUAAUAGAAUAAACCAACGACCAUUACCGGGUAUGACAUACUCAUAUCUGAUGC